ACUAUUAUUAUUGUUAUUAUUAGUAGUAUUAAUAUUAUUAUUAUUAGAAUAAAUAGUGUCAAUAUUUUCUUGCGCACGUUAGUGGGAAUCACAGGCACGCACACACACACACACACACACACACACGGUAAAAAUGACAACGUGACCACAAACAGCUUUACCUCAUUUCAAGUAAAAGUUUGGAAUAAACAGUGUUGCUCGUUGGAGCGUUGAUCGUCGUCCCGUUUCCACAGGUUCAUUACCCGCUGUUACCGCGUCACGUGCACGACUCUGAUUUAGUGCCAGCUUGUUCCAAGGUGUCAGACGCGCCAUGACACAGUGUUGUUAAUCAAAUUCCCAUUAAUCUCCAGUGUUGUCUCGCGUAGUCCUGCUCACACGGAGAGAUGAAACAAUCUCAGCAUGACCCAGAAACAAAAAAGUUUAUUCUAAUUUGUUAAUGUGAGGGAUUUUUGUUUUUAUUAUUGUUGCGCGUUCCGAUACUCAAUAGUCUCAUCAUUGGUUGUGCUAUUUGUGUUUUUCAUGUUUUUAUGUAGCUCCUUUGUUGUUGUUGUUGUUGUUGUUUAGUAUUUCACAAGUUUAUUUAUUUUUAUUUUAUACAGGUAUUAAAUUGAUUGAAUUCUAUAUUAAAUCAUAACAGAAAUGGACUCAGAUGUUUGGUCUUUUUUGCGCAUUAUGCGCAGUUUAAGGAGAGAUACAUCGUGCACAAGCACUGCGCAGUGCAUGGCUCAAUAUGCAUGCUUAAUACUUAGAUUUAGAUUUGUAACGCGCUGACCAUUAUCAUCAUCAUCAUCACCAUCAUCAUCAUCAUCAUCUAAAGGGUAUCCUUUAAGAGAGCCUUAUCUCCAAUCAUGUGAAUUUCAAAUGAGGCAUUACUAUUUAUCUCUGCCACAAUGCAGAUCGCAGGCCUCAGAUAAGUAUCGUGUGUUUAAUGGCUUUUUAGAGGCCGCUAAAAGGAACAGCGGAAUUCUCCUUUGAAGGGAUUUUAGUCCGAGUGAAAGCUCACGGCUUUUGGAAUACAACUGUCAGUCAUGUCACUCGGCCCCGCCCCUCGCUGCAGCUCCAUCUAUAAAGAGAGCCCGUGCGCUCAGAGAGAGAUCACUCGAACUUUCAUGCUCAGGUUUUAAGGAUGCCUGCGUCUCCAACCGGAUUUGGUCACUACUUUGUGGACAGAAACGUCUCCAUGCCUGCUGGAUAUCAGAUGCUGGGCUGUGCGCCGGGGGUCCAGCAGCCUCCUCCUCAUCUUGCUGCCAUGGCCGGGCUGCCUGUGCCUUUUUCAGGAAUACCGGGAUACACUUUCAUUCCGUUCCCACAUACCGGACACAUGUCACACAUGGGGAGCUCAUAUGACCUGAAAGCCGCAUCACCUUAUCACCAGGCUCUGCUGAGCCGCGGCGGUGCGUAUUUCUCUCCGUACAGACCGGUGGUCGCGGAUGAGCCAGGACGCGUGGCCAAAGUAGCGAGCAGGGAAAGCACCGGCGCGCUGAAAGCCUGGCUCAGCGAGCACCUGAAGAACCCGUACCCCACCAAGGGCGAAAAGAUCAUGCUCGCCAUCGUCACCAAGAUGAGCCUGACGCAAGUGUCCACCUGGUUCGCCAACGCGCGUCGCCGCCUCAAGAAAGAGAACCGCGUCAGCUGGGCGUCCAAAGCCAAAAGCGAUGAGGACGAGGAGGCUGAUGAGAGCGAGGCAGAAGAAGAUGAAGAUGCCUCGCAGAAAGAUCGAUGCUCGGACGAUGAGGUCGACAUCGAGCCUCAGAUUGUUGAUGUUGAGGAGGAGUUGAGCGCAGGAGAGAGCGAGUCGCCGGAGCGCCUAACGGAGGGACUCGAGCAAUCCAACGAGGAUGACACUUCCGGCUCAGUAGCUGUUACUACCGGAAACAGCAAGGCUGGGAGUGAAUCGGAGUGUAAAGAAAGUGCUAAUGGACAGAAACCGAAAAUCUGGUCUCUAGCAGAGACGGCCACUUCCGAAACUCCAGUAAAGAAGAGCAGUGAGCAGUGCCAAGAUUUUAGCAAAUGGUGGCCAAACUGGCCUUCCAGGAACAGCUACUUACCUGCCAGCUACUCUGCACACUUUCUUCCACAAAGUCAGUUAAACUGUUAAUGCAGCUCAUGCAAGGCAGAUGUUUGCACUUUGGAACUGUUCUGGUAAAA